CAACAUGCGGCGGGUCGCUUAAUAAAUUCGUCACAACACUUUCUAAACAGUCCGCUGCAGCUAGAUAUGGCGGCGCUAGUACGAGGUUUACGGAGUGUAAGGGCAUUCAGGGCCCUUGGCAGCGUGUUGGCUGCACCAAAAACGACCCAUCCCCAGUGUGCCAACCUGAGAAAAGGAUUUCACUGCGCUGCUGUUCGACUGCAGGAUGGAUCAAAAGAUGACAAAACUUCUCCAACCAGCUCCUCUUCCACAUCCAGCCAUGCUCAGUACCAGUCUGAGCAGGACACAACUGAGGCUUUCCAACAGGCUUCAGCGGCAGCAGAGGAAGGAUCCAGGCCAAACACUAGUUACCAGGAUCAGAGCGGGGAGCAGGAAGAACAGUAUGAGACGGAGGAACAACUUCAAACUCGCAUCCUAACAUCUGCACUUGAGUUUGUCCCACUAUAUGGGUGGUCAAUGGAGGCCAUUGCAGCUGGUGCAGAGACCAUUGGGCUCUCCUCUGCAUCCACUGGUAUGUUUGACAAUGGGGCUGGAGAAUUGGUCCUGCACUUCGUUGCACAGUGCAACGCAGAGUUGAAUGAGACCCUAGCUGAACAGCAUAACCAGGUCCAGCUGGGCCAGGCUGAAAAAAAGAAGACUGCAGAGUUCUUAAGGGAUGCCGUGGAGGCCAGAUUGAGAAUGCAUAUCCCCUACAUUGAAACAUGGCCUCAGGCCAUGAGUCUCCUGCUCCUUCCACACAACAUCCCUGACAGCCUGAAGCACCUGUCCUGCCUGAUCGACGACAUCUGGUACCACGCUGGAGAUCGCUCCACAGACAUGAACUGGUACACCAAACGAGCAGCGCUAACGGGCAUCUAUAACACCACAGAGUUGGUGAUGAUUCAGGACUCCUCCCCAGACUACCAGGAUACCUGGGCCUUCCUUGAAAACCGCAUUCAGGAUGUUGUCAACAUGGCUGGCACUGCCAAACAGGUGCAGUCCACAGGGGAAGCAGUGGUGCAGGGAUUAAUGGGAGCUGCCAUUACACUGAAGAAUCUAACAGGAGUGAACCAGAGAAGAUGAUAUUAAAGGCUCCUGUCAACCCAAGUUUCACCAUACUCAAACAUAUGGCUUAUCAAUUUAUGCUAAAAAAUAUGUUUAUUAAUUAGUAAAAAAGGCGUAUGUUUAUUGUUUUAUUUUCAGUUGCAGAAUCUGCACAUUUCAACUGCCAGUGCUUGAUCUCUCCAUCCCAGAAAGCUGUAUUCUGUUUGUAUAAUAUAAUAUGUAUUAUAUACUGUUGAGUCAUUCUGGAACUCAUUAAACUAUUCAGUAGUUCAAAA